AAGAGACUGCUGAGUGAAAUCAGGCACCAGACAAGGCCCUCAAGUGGGGCCCGAAUCGGAAACGAUGACUUAGGAGUCGGGAGUGACAGGAAGGAGAGCAUGUGAGGAGGAGAUGAGUGUUUACUGGCUAUCAUAGGUCUAGAUAAAGGGGAAUAUAGAAAAGAGGAUGAAAUGGACAUAUACUGUUGGAGACCUAUAUUUCAUCCGGAACCUAAUGCGAUAUUAGUAGUAUUACUGUAAAUGAACACACUAAUGACACACGGUUUACGCUCUUACACUAUCAUAAUGCUUAGCAAAGAAAUACAAUAGUCUGUAUGUAUUCGAUUGGUCAAAUCAUCACUCAACAAACACAUAAAUUGAAUGAGUAAACACGCCUGAGAUAAACAACCAUCAUAAUUCAAAAUGCAAUUAAUCCAAUGGUUCAUUUUAACUAUCAUUUCCUUGGUGAGCAUUAAGGCAGAUGGUAAUAAAGAUUGGACUCUGGAAGACGCUGAACUACUAGCUUUACACAACGCAUAUCGACAAAGACUAAGGUAUGGAAGAUUACUGGGCCAACCACGUGCAAUGGAAAUGCCGGACCUCAGAUGGUCCUUCGAAUUGGCUAAUAUUUCCAAGAGUUGGGCGUCAACAUGUCAAUCCUAUCCUAGCAACAUAACAAUGAGAGGUAGGACACUUUGGACUUAUGUCGGUCAGAAUGUCGCUGUUUCUACGAAUGUGAGAGAUGCUGUGGCCUCCUGGUUUAACGAAUAUUCAAACUAUGAUUUCCAACAAAACAAGUGUAACGAGAAUAAAAAAUGCGCAAAUUACAAACAGGUGGUAUUUUCACAAACACUGCAGGUUGGAUGUGCGCAUAAGAAAUGCGAUAACUUCAAAGCACCUUAUAACAUUGUUGUCGUGUGUACUUAUGGACCAGGUGAGUAAGGCGCCGUAUAUUCCCAUCAGUAUCAUCUAAUCUCACAUGUCAUCUUAUUUCGGUAGCUUAUUCACUUUCCAUGAAAACAGUGCAUCAGUUAGUGUGUCCCUUGUGAAGCAUAUGGAAGAUGUGUUGAAUGCUCUACUGUUUGCAUAAAACCAAUACAAUUCAAUUGACAAUUAUGCAUUCCAUUGUGUCACUUUGAUCACUUGAAAUGCGUCUGUGCUGAAAUGCUUUCGAAAUCAGUAAAUUGAAUGACCCACACAAAUACGAAAAUCACAUGAAAGGAAGAACUGGCACAGUUUAUAAAGUGGCAUACAAUGACUAUCAACCACAAUGAUCUGUCGUUGACAAUCAGCCUAUCAUAGAGGAAGACUGCGCUUUGCGUAAUAUGGUGACUUUUAUAGAAAUGAACGACUCAAAUGAAACUGAUUACUAAUCAUGGACUUAAUUCAAACAAAAACCUCACUAUUUCGGUGAAGAAUAAAUUGAUGCAGUCAAGUAACUGGGAAUUUAAAAAAAGUAUACAGGACCAGUAGUGAUUUGUCAUUGGAAAAAGGUGAAAGAGACUGGUAAAUACUUCUCACGAAGACCUUACACAGCUUCCAGUGAACAGCGGGAUCAAGUGAAUUUGUUUUAUGAAUACUGAUGUAUUUUAAACAUGGAUGGAAUUUCUUUCGAAAUAAAGGGAACUUGUUUCAUAUUGUAAAUUUCAAAUAAAUAAUUUCAUUCCAA